AUGUUUGCUAAUAGAUAAUAAAUGAACAUAAAAUGCCUAUAAUUGGUUUUUCAAAAAGCCCAGAUGGAAGAAAAAUAAUCAAUUAGAGCAGAUAAAAAUCUUUAUGUAAUGGCAGAUUCAGAAAAAGAAAUUUGGUAAAUCCUUUAGAAGAUUUAAUUUAAUGAAUAUCUACUUCGGAUUUGUUUUAUCACUAAUUAGAUUUUUACUUUUCAAAUCAUCUAAAUCACAUUCAGGAACUAAAAAAAUUUAUCGAUAUUCAAAAUGUAUAUGAAUUAAAAAUUUUAGAUUGCCAAAAAUAUAUCUUUAUAAGGAAAGGGUCAACAUGAUUUAGGGGAUUGCCAACCAAUUUAUGUUACUUCUAAGCAAAUAUUAGUGA